UUUUAUUUUUUUUCUUCUAAUCUGUAAGAGUUUUGUUUUAACGUUUUGUCGCUAAAUAUUUGGCACAAUAUUUGAAAACAUUGCACAAAUCCUUUUAAGCUGUAUUAACAUUAUAUUACGCAUUCACCGAUCAAAUAUACAUAUGUGAAACUGCGACACACAUGUAUCCCUAAAGAUGAUUCAGCUCGCUUGUUGGCAGGAUAGCCAGUGAAAAAUAAAAGGAUGCGUUUAAUAAUAAUUAAUUUUUGCUGGGGGUCUAUAAAACGCAGGAGUGCCUGACACUGGACACCACAAUUGGUAAGACCGCAAUAUGAAAGUGUUCUUUGUUCUAGCAGCCUUGUUGGCAGCAGUGACUGCCCUGCCCAUUGAGGAACGCGUCAAUGGCGAGAAUGGCUGGUUCAUUCCCAAAAUCGAUGGCACCUUCGAGUGGAUGGACCUGAAGGACGCCGAGGAGCUGCUUUUCAGCGGCGAGCAAAUGGAGGGCCGCAUCAGCACGAACGCUGUCAAAUUCUACCUCUAUACCAAGUCCAAUCCCACUGAUGGUAAGGAAAUCACGUCCGAUUCAUCCUCCAUCGAUGGAUCCCACUUCAACAAGGACCACAGCACCCGUUUCGUCAUCCACGGCUGGACCCAGAGCGCCCAGGAUGAAAUGAACACCCGCAUCACCAAGGCCUGGUUGUCCCGCGGUGACUACAACGUGAUUGUUGUGGACUGGGCCCGUGCCCGUUCCGUUGACUACGCUUCCUCUGUGCUUGCUGUUCCCGGAGCCGGUGCAAAGGUUGGAGAUAUGAUCAAGUACCUGAACGAACAUCACGGCAUGUCUCUGGACAGCCUGGAGGUCAUCGGCCACAGCCUGGGAGCCCAGGUCUCUGGUUAUGCCGGCAAGACCGUUGGCGAGGGUCGUAUCCACUCCAUUGUUGGUCUGGACCCUGCUCUUCCCCUCUUCAGCUACGAUAAACCCGACAAGCGUCUCUCUAGCGAUGAUGCCCACUAUGUGGAGUCCAUCCAGACCAACGGCGGCAAGCUGGGAUUCCUGAAGCCCAUCGGCAAGGGUGCCUUCUACCCCAACGGCGGCCAGACGCAGCCAGGAUGUGGUGUGGAUGUCACAGGCUCCUGCUCCCACGGCCGUUCCGUCCUGUAUUACGCCGAGGCCGUCACUGAGGACAACUUCGGAUCCAUCAAGUGUGGCGACUACGAGGCAGCCGUCGCCAAGGAAUGCGGCAGCACCUACAGCAGCGUCCGCAUGGGUGCCGUCACCAAUGCCUACAUGGUUGAUGGUGACUACUACGUCCCCGUUAACAGCGAUUCUCCAUUCGGUAAGAUUGGAUAGAGACCUGUGCUCCAUAACAGGAACCCAACAAAUAAAAAGUUCUAA